GAGAAAAAAUGUUAUAGAAGCAAAGCGUAGGGAACUUCCACGUAUGAUACAGUGCAGCUGACUCAAUUAGACAAGCUUCGCACACCAGACUUCCGCUGUCAUCAUCGUCUGUUCUCGAGGCCGCAGACGACACGAAGUCCCAUCGCAAUGCCGAGCUACGCUUGCCUGGCCAGCUUACUCGCAUCACCCGCCAAGCGAUGGCUACUAAUCCUCAGCCUGGUCAUGGUCUUCUGCCUCAUCCUCAUGGCCCUGAGCUCCGAUUCGGUCGUCACGCCACCGUCAUUGCCCUUCGCGGUACGAGGCGGUGCCACCAUCGCCGAGAGCUCCUACGGCAAUGAACAGGGCAGUCGUCAAAGUGCGCCACAAAGUCUGAAUCCAAAAGGUUCGCAAACUAAUGAGGUAGCCGGCACUUCCAGCGCGGCCACGGGAAAGAAAUAUGAAAAAGUGUGGAAGAAGGUACGGCCCACAACGAGGACAACACCAGCAGCAAGCGCGACGACAACUCCUCCAGUUGCGUUGACGUCAGAACCAUCAGUGGCAGAAGGUGUGAAGUCAUCAACAGUUGCGGCAACCAGAGCCGUGAGGGCAGCAGUGACGCCAACGAAAGUGGCACCGAGGGGAGCACUGAGAACAGCCGUGAGCAUCGACGUCAUCGGGCAUAUGUGGAUGCCUCACAACACGCUGUACCGAGGCUUCGGCAGGGUACCGUUCCCCCUGGAGAGCGUAUACGUCUUACCCACAGCCUACAAGGCCGUGUACGACUGCCGGCGUGGUGUGGACUACCUCUUCUUCGUUCACACGGCCGCGACGCACUCGGACCACCGGCGGGUCCUGAGGGAGGUCGUCGGAAACUCGACGUACGGAGUCCGGUACAAGUGGACAACCGUGUUCUUCGUGGGCAUGUCGUCCGUCGAAAAGGUCACCCAUAGCGUGGCCUACGAGGCUGAGGCAUACGGCGACGUCGUGGUGCUGCCGUACAUGGACACGUACCGCAACCUGACGUACAAGUACGUGUACGGCAUAAAGUGGACCCUGGAGAACUGUCCGCGGGUGCGCUACGUCCUCAAGAUUGACGACGACAUCGUGGUGCACCUUCCGUCGCUCAUGGCGAGGCUAGCCGGGGGCGAUCGACCGCCCCAGACACGUCUUGCUCUGGUCACACGUCCCAAGUUGUACUGCUGCGUCUGGGACUACAUGCCUGUCAUUAGGCAGACGGCUCUGCCGUGGUACAUAUCCGAGAAGGCUUACCCAAAGAACGUCUUUCCCAGGUACUGCUCGGGCAGCGCGGUCUUCAUGGACGCGACCACGUUGGCGCCCCUGUACAAUGCGACUUUCUCAGUGCCGUACCUACCCGUCGACGACGCCUACGUCACGGGAGAGCUGGCGGCCGUGGCAGGCGUGGAACACGAGUCCCUCAACGCACUCUACUCGUUUGACUACAAAAGGUGGCCGUCGGUGAUCAACGGCUCAGUCAUGGUCGUGCAGGUGUACGACGCCGCAACGCGGUCGUCGGCUUGGAAGUCCGUGGCUGAGAUGCUCGGUCGCAAACCACAAGAACGAAGACACGUCCAUACGACACCGAAUAUACGGAACACUCGCUCCGUGACGGCACGAAGUGUUGGCGCUCGGGUGACGACCUCCCGGGGACCCGCCACCACGAAAAGCUUGCCCGAGGCUGGAACGAACUCUUCUCGGCCUUCUUCAUGAGCCCAUCGUGUAAACUCGAAUCGCGUGGAUCAUCAGAUCAACGGACAGUUAUGCCAUGCAUAUCCAACUAGCCCAACUUUCGAUUCUGUUGCCUUAGAUCAGUGUAACUCAGAAGAGUGUGCAUGUAUAGGCCAGUUGGUGAUUCAUAAUUAGAAAAGUUGACCACAUGGAACAAGACACAACGCGAUACGGCUGUGUCUUUCUGCGUCUAGAAAGACGACUGCUUCGCGUUGUCUCUUUUGUGUACCGCACGCUUUCGCAGUUAUCUUUCCUAAUCAAGCGUCGGGGAUAGGCUACCGGCAACGGUAUCAUUUUCGACUCACGGCUGCCACCAUAUUGGGCCGUUAUCAGCGCCAUUUGACGGUAUGUACCCGCAGUGAUGAAAGAUUGUAGAGCGUUCGUUGGUUCAGAGAGCCUGCCAUUAAUGCGCUGCGAAUCAACUCAAGCUUUUCAUCCGCUUUGUACUGUGCACUCAGGAAAAAAUCGCGACGCUUGAGUUAGUCAGAAAAUCAAAGUAAUGCGUUGCUGAUCUUAUCUGAUACUUUUCUAUUUCGUUUUGUACACUCGAUCUACUUACUGCGUUUUUGAGAAAUGCGUGGAUUGCAUGCGCGGUUCCCGCAAGAACGUGUCAAGCGUAAUCGGUCCUUAUCCUCAGCCACAGUUUACAAGGACGCGCCAAGGGUAAUCAUAUAGCUUGGUAUUUAUCUCAGCCACAGUUUACACUAACGGACCGCUUUCGUUGCAGCCCGUAUUAUCACAGGAGUUAGUUGUACAGCCAGGUAAAAUUAAACGGGGCAUGGAUCAAUAGCGUGAUACGUUGUAAACAAGAACCGUGCACAUGGCCGGUUUGACUCGGAUGAACUGCCAUCGUCCGGUUGAUUUUGUGUGUCACUUCAAAUUGUUAAAAAUUGUUUUCUAAACACAGUUGCUAUCCCAUAGUUGAGUACGAAGUACUCGAGAUUGUUAACCACUCCUCCUAAACACAACAACGAUGUGGUUGACGGGACCAUGUAACAUAAUGCGCACCAUCACCAGAAAGGCCCGCUGGCAGCGAGAAGCGGGACUCUCGACCCAGCCGUGCCUGUAGGCGCGCCUUAAUUGUCCGUGCGUACAGCCGGUGUCCCAGUAGCGUUGCGAUCCUGUUCUGGCUGCUCUAGCCAGAGCAGGAGCACACUAUUUAUUUAUAUUUGGCAGAGUAUGGGAAGGUAGAGCCGGUUAUCCCAACAUCAUACCAGUAAUGUACAAGAUAAACACACAAGCAAGAACAAUUAAGAAUAAAAGUAGAACAACUAAUCGAAGGCACUACGUACGUACUAUAUACGUUAAAUGGCUUAUCAAUGAGCACGGUAUGCAUGGUCAUAGUCCAGUAUGUCACACCAAGCGUGUGCUCCGAGUACCAGUCAUGACUGGCAGAUGGCAAGCGUAUGCAUGAGGAGUGAUUGACCCGACCGGUGCUGGUUUAGUGUAAUAGCGCGUGACAAGCCCCGUAACUCCUGUCGUUCUUGAAGAAGUCAAACGAAAUUUUCUCGUCAGUCGAUUUGGUAGGCAAUAUAAACUCCGAUACUAAGGUCAUUCGAUCAUCAGUUCUUGAAAAAGUGGUUAAUGAACUCCUUAAAAAAGUGUGAUGUGUUGCUCAUGCAUUCCAUGGCUAAGUACUUCUAUUAGUUCAUGAACCCGGCGCGGCAGGGCGGGUUCAUGCACUAAUAAAUUAAAAAAAAAAAGCUUUAGCAGGCCGCUAGAGGACGCGUGGGCUCAAUUCGCGGUCAUGGUGGCCGUAUUUUGGAUGUGCUUAGAGAGAGUGGUUAACAAUUUAGAGUACUUGGUACUCUACUAUGGGAGAGCACAUGGAAGUUGAACAAGCGUUUGUGUGUUUAGUAAAAGCGUGUAACGAUUUAGAGUACUCGGUACUUUACUAUGUAUGGGAGAGCAUAACGCCGUCCCAAACAGAAUAAAUCAGAAUACUCUGCCUGUGAAA